AUGCUCGUUGUCCCGGAGCCAGCGACGAGAUCGGCGACGAGGAGGCGUCCCCGAGCUGCAGCUCCUUGCGUCCCCACUGAUCUCAUCGGAAGGGUCAGUGGAGCCACAGUGUCGCCGUUUGUGUCUUCUGGGGCCAGCGAGGCCGACAGCGAUGUAGUUAUGACGAGCUGGGAACCGGACCCCAAGAAGGCUCGACCAGUGGCGAAGCGGCCCUCAACAGAGGCGGAGGAGCGACCGACGGUGAGGCGGCGACAGACAGACGCCGAGGAGCGAGAAGCCGAUGAGAAGCGGGUCGCGGAGUGGCGGCGGCGGAUCGCGCUGGAGGCAGCGAAGGAGGCGCUGCGGCAGCGGCAGGUUUGGGAGGACGCGCAGGCGCUGGCGAAGAAGUUGAAGGCCACGCAGGAGGCGGAGCAGGCGGCCGAGGAAGCCAAGGAAAGGGCCCGGGGCGAUCGGCGGCAGCGGAACCGGCAGCGGCGAGCGCGGCGGGAGAGUCGGGCGGGCAGCGGAACCAGCAGUGGAACCAGCAACGCCGGGAGCGGCGGCAGCGGAGCCCACAGCGGAACCAGCAACGGCGAGCGCGGUGGCGGCAGCGGAGCCAGCAACGGCGAGCGCGGCGGCAGAGUCGUCGGCGGCAGCGGAGCCCAGAGCGGAACCAGCAACGGCGAGCGCGGCGGCAGAGUCGGCGGCGGUAGCGGAGCCAGCGACGGCGAGCGCGGCGGCAGCGGAACCAGCAGUGGAACCAGCAACGCCGGGCGCGGCGGCAGAGGCGGCGGCGGCGGCGAGGCGGCAGCCCACAGCGGAACCAGCAAAGGCGAAGGCGGCGGCAGAGUCGCGGCGGCGGCGGAGCCAGAGGCGAGCGCAGCGGCAAGUCGCCGCGGCAGCGGAGCCAGCGACGGCGAGCGCGGCGACGACGGCAGCGAACGCGGCAGCGGAGCCAGCCGCGAGCGCGGCGAGGAGAGUCACCUGAGCCAUGGGAGCGGGGUCCGUGGCGGUGGCCCGCGCCGGAAGCCAGGCGCGCAAAUCCAAGGCCGGAGCGGCAGUUGUCGUGUCCAGGAGGAGCGGGAGAGGCCGCGGGCGCCCAUGCAGCGCCAGGCGUCGUGGCCGCAGGCACAGCUAGGGGCGGAGGGCCCACGCUGGCGGCCCGUGAGACGGGAGGGUGGCCAGGGGGUGGAGUGCGUCCUGGCUCGAACGAGGUUCACCUCGAGGCGCAUCAAGCGGCGGGGAAUGACGGAGGGGUCCGGUACCGGGUAA